AUGAAGGGCCUAUCCUCAUUGAUAAACAGAAAAAAUGACAAGAUCGACUCUAACUUAGAUGAGAUCGAGAACGGCAUGAAAACUACAGAACUCAACUCGAUAGAGAUGCAGGAGCAAGGUAAGAAAUCUGACUUUGAUCUUUCCCAUCUUGAAUACGGUCAAAUUUCACUAACACCAAGCGAUAAUAAUGAAGAUAAUGAUGAGGAAGUUCCGAGAAUUCUCGACGAAGUUGUCCAGGACGCUAAGGAUGCAGAUGAAAGUGAGAGGGGGAUGCCACUCAUGACAGCUUUGAAAACAUAUCCUAAAGCUGCUGCUUGGUCGCUGUUAGUCUCCACAACGCUGAUUCAAGAAGGUUAUGAUACUGCCAUUCUUGGAUCUUUCUAUGCUUUGCCUAUUUUCCAAAAGAAAUACGGUUCUCUGAAUAGUAAGACGGGAGAAUAUGAAAUUUCAGUUUCUUGGCAGAUUGGUUUAUCAUUAUGUAUUGUAGCAGGUGAGAUUGUUGGUUUACAAAUGACUGGCCCUUUUGUGGAUUAUAUGGGUAAUCGUUACACGUUGAUUUUGGCGUUGUUCUUCUUAGCUGCUUUCACUUUUAUUCUGUAUUUUUGCAAAAGUUUGGGCAUGAUUGCUGUGGGCCAAGUACUGUGUGGUAUGCCAUGGGGCUGUUUCCAAUGUUUGACUGUCUCAUAUGCCUCCGAAAUCUGUCCUUUGGCUCUAAGAUACUACCUGACAACUUAUUCAAAUUUAUGCUGGGCGUUCGGCCAACUUUUUGCUGCCGGUAUCAUGAAGAAUUCCCAGAACAAAUAUGCUAACUCAGAAUUGGGAUAUAAGCUACCAUUUGCUUUACAAUGGAUCUGGCCUCUUCCCCUGGCAAUAGGGAUUUUCUUUGCACCUGAAUCACCAUGGUGGUUGAUUAAAAAAGGAAGAAUAGAACAGGCGAAAAUAUCGCUAGAAAGGACAUUGAGUGGUAAGGGUCCCGAGAAAGAAUUGCUGGUAAGUAUGGAACUAGAUAAAAUCAAAGUUACUAUUGAAAAGGAACAAAAACUGUCGGAUUCAGAAGGAUCCUACUGGGAUUGUGUAAAGGACUGUAUAAAUCGGAGAAGAACAAGAAUUGCAUGCCUGUGUUGGAUCGGUCAAACCACCUGUGGUACACAAUUAAUAGGGUAUUCAACUUAUUUCUACGAAAAAGCUGGUGUUGGUACUGAUACAGCUUUCACUUUUAGUAUUAUUCAAUACUGUCUUGGUAUAGCUGCAACAUUUUUAUCCUGGUGGGCUUCAAAAUAUUUUGGCAGAUUUGAUCUUUACGCAUUCGGACUGGCCAUUCAAACUGUUUUAUUAUUUAUUAUAGGAGGUCUAGGAUGCUCGGACACACAUGGUGCCAAAAUGGGAAGUGGUGCUCUGUUAAUGGUUGUCGCGUUCUUUUACAACCUCGGUAUUGCCCCUGUGGUUUUCUGCUUAGUUUCUGAAAUACCAUCCUCGAGGCUAAGAACUAAAUCGAUCAUUCUAGCUCGUAACGCUUAUAAUAUGGCAUGUAUUGUAACUGCUGUUUUGAUAUUAUACCAGUUGAACUCGGAAAAAUGGAAUUGGGGUGCAAAGUCAGGUUUUUUCUGGGGAGGACUAUGUUUUGCUACUUUAGUAUGGGCUGUUAUCGAUUUACCUGAAACUUCCGGUAGAACCUUUAUGGAAAUAAACGAAUUAUUUAGGCUUGGUAUUCCAGCUAGAAAGUUCAAGUCGACUAAAGUAGACCCAUUUGCGGCUGCCAAAGCGGCUGGAGAAGUUGUUCAUAAAGACCCCAAGGAAGAUAUGGAAACUUCCAUGGUAGAAGAAGGGCGGAGUACACCUUCCAUAAUGAAUAAAUGA